AUGUUAGGUAUUUCACGGCCAUACGCAAGGAUAAUAGCCAGGAAGUGGGUACACUCAAGAGCAGGUAGAGCUUUGGUGACCUCACAUAUAAGUCCAUUGACUUACAACAGACAAAUUCACACCUACUCUCCACUACUGCUAAAGCAAAACGAUCACGAUAACGACAGUCGGGACAAGGGCUCCAGAGACAAUGAUCAAAAGAAAAAAGAUGCUGAUGCUUCAUCAGAGGACCUUGAAGCAAUUGAAAAGGAAGUAAUGAGAUUUUUGAAGGAGGCCAAGAAAGGUACAAAUGAAGAUCUAGAGAGGCAGAAGAAGAAUUUAGAUGAAAAAAUUAAACGAUUGCAAGGGACAGUAGCAAGGCAGCAAGCUAGGUUGGAUAAGGAUGACAAAUUGGUCGGAGAAAGUAAAUCAGGUGCCACAAACAAGAAUGAGGACCCAUUCAAUUUUCAUUCAAGACAGGCGGAAGAAAUGCAUAAAAGAAUUAAUGACCAGAAGAAGAAAGAAUCCGAAGACCUUAAGAAAUCUUUAAACGAUCCAAAUGCAUCGAUGUCCAAUAAUAUUGGAUUUGUACAGGUAGGUUUGAUAUCGCUUUUACUCUCGUUUCUGCUUAAUGUUUUCGCAGAAGCAGAAGAGCAACGUGAGAUAACGUGGCAAGAAUUCCGCGCUAAACUACUAGCAAAGGGCUAUGUAUCCAAGCUCAUCGUUGUCAACAAAUCAUUUGUUAAAGUAUUGCUAAAUGAUACGGGCAAGAAUCAGCCAGAGAAUAAUGGACAUGAUUAUUAUUUCUUUACCAUUGGCACAGUAGAAAGUUUUGAACGUAAAUUACUGAAAGCUCAGGAUGAAUUAAAAAUCGAAAGUGAUUUUAGGAUUCCCGUGGUGUAUGUUCAAGAGGGAAAUUGGGCUCGAGCAAUGUUUCAGAUCUUACCAACUGCUCUGAUGAUCGCCGGUAUAGUCUGGUUAACACGAAGAUCUGCAUCCGCUGCUAACGGUGGUAGAGGAGGAAUAUUCGGUAUGGGAAAGUCCAAAGCGAAACAGUUCAACACAGAGACUGCCGUUAAGGUCAAUUUCAAAGAUGUAGCUGGAUGCGAUGAAGCUAAAGAAGAAAUUAUGGAGUUUGUUAGCUUUUUGAAAGAGCCCUCAAGAUAUGAGAAAAUGGGUGCAAAAAUUCCAAGGGGUGCGAUUCUGUCUGGACCUCCAGGUACUGGUAAAACUCUGUUAGCUAAGGCGACUGCAGGUGAAGCAGGUGUCCCCUUUUAUUUUGUGUCAGGAUCAGAAUUUGUUGAGAUGUUUGUCGGUGUCGGUGCCUCGAGGGUCCGUGAUCUAUUCAAAACUGCUAGAGAAAAUGCACCAUCUAUCGUUUUCAUCGAUGAAAUAGAUGCAAUUGGUAAGGCAAGGCAGAAAGGGAAUUUUUCUGGUGCAAACGAUGAAAGAGAAAACACAUUAAAUCAAUUAUUGGUUGAAAUGGAUGGUUUUACUCCGGCAGAUCAUGUUGUUGUUCUCGCAGGUACGAAUAGACCUGAUAUCCUGGAUAAAGCCCUAUUGAGGCCAGGGAGAUUUGAUAGGCACGUGAAUAUUGAUAAGCCAGAAUUAACGGGUCGUCAAGCAAUCUUUGAAGUCCACUUGCACAAAAUUAAACUAGCAGGCAACAUUUUUGACCUAAAAAAUAGAUUAGCCGCAUUAACUCCUGGAUUUUCUGGCGCUGAUAUUGCUAAUGUAUGUAAUGAAGCUGCGUUAAUCGCUGCAAGAAAUGAUUCGCACUCAGUAAAAUUGGAGCAUUUUGAACAAGCAAUUGAGAGAGUUAUUGGAGGCGUAGAAAGAAAAUCCAAAGUGCUAUCUCCAGAAGAAAAGCGUGUCGUUGCAUACCAUGAAGCGGGACAUGCUGUAUGCGGGUGGUUUUUGAAAUAUGCGGAUCCAUUGUUAAAGGUAAGUAUUAUCCCUCGUGGUCAAGGCGCCCUCGGUUAUGCGCAAUAUCUGCCAGGUGACUUGUAUUUACUAUCGGAACAACAGCUAAAUGAUAGAAUGACUAUGUCUCUUGGAGGCAGGAUCUCGGAAGAAUUGCACUUCAGUAGUGUUACUAGUGGAGGUUCAGACGAUUUCAAAAAAGUGACCAGGAUGGCAACUGCUAUGGUUACCGAGCUUGGAAUGAGUCCCAAGAUAGGAUGGAUUAACUAUCAAAAAAAGGAUGAAAACGACUUAACAAAACCGUUUUCCGAAGAAACUGGGAAUAUAAUCGACAGUGAAGUUCACAGAAUUGUACGGGAGUGUCACGCGAGAUGCACUACUCUGCUGAAAGAAAAUGCCGAUGCCGUUGAAAGGAUAGCUCAAUUACUUUUGAAAAAAGAAGUUCUUACUAGGGAGGACAUGAUUUCUCUUCUUGGCAAACGUCCAUUCCCGGAAAGAAACGAUGCAUUUGACAAAUACUUGAAUGAGAGUGAGACGGACAGAAUCAAGAAAAGCGAGCACCAUAAAGAUGAUGCAACAAACGUAGAGCCAUAA